AUGGACAAUCUGCUAGCACCUAUCCAAGAUGCUCUGGAAGGCCAAAUAGACUACCAAGGCCAGCACAUGGCAGAACUUCUUUCUACGGUCCUUCUCAUCAUGUCAGGUGCUAUUGCUUUCCUUGUGGGAUACAUUCAGGAAGACAUUCAUCUAACCCUCUGGGUUGGACUCGCGGGUACAGUAGCAACUGGCUUGAUGGUGAUCCCGCCUUGGCCUAUGUACAACAAGAGGCCCGAAAAAUGGCUGGCACCGACGUCGGCGGAUAUGGGAGUUGCAGGGGUCAUGGUAGAUGGUGUAAAGGUUGCAUGAGAUUUAGCUGUGGACUUUACAAUUCAUUCUGAGCCUGAUUUGAUCACGGUUGUCUGCGUCCCUCAGGAACAGCCUAGAUCUGUAUGAAUAAUUCGAAAGGCACUGCUCGGAAUGCAAAAGAAACCCGCUCAACGCCACCCAAUCCCUCCCAGUCCGAUCAUACUCAGUUAGAGAAUGUACGAGUGAAGCCAUGGCCAGCCUGCUGUCUAGACCCAAUCGCAGCAGACACGAGUCUACCGACCAUACUUUUGAAACUCCCAGUCUCUGUUGUCUAAGGGACAGACUUGGCGAGUUUUCAGCCAUCGUGAGAUACAGUGGAAGUGGAAGGCGUG